AUGGAUUCCAUGUUUACAAAAGAGCACAGUUGGCUGAUAAUAUCUUCAUUCUUCGAGCAGAAGGGACUUGUCAGACAACAACUGGACUCUUUCGACCAGUUUGUUAAGACAAAGAUGCAAGAGGUUAUCGACGAGAGUCCUGCAAUAAUUGUCCAGUCUGCUCCUACGGCAGGAAUAGAAACCCAAAAGAGAAUAACCGUUAGAUUUGGGCAAAUAUAUGUUUCAAAACCUCCUAUUUACACCGAGUCUGAUGGGAGAACUAUUACGGUGUUUCCAAACGAAGCCCGUAUAAGAGACUUAACAUAUGCAUCCCCUCUGUUCAUCGAUGUUACAAAGGAAACCAUAUCUGAGCUAGGGGUUGUGGACAAGCACAAGUAUUCUAGAGUUCCCUUUGGGUCCUUACCAGUGAUGUUGAGAUCGUCGUAUUGUGUCCUUUAUGGGCUAAGCGACAAGGAUCUCAUUGAUCUUGGAGAAUGUCCAUAUGAUCAGGGGGGAUACUUUAUUGUAAAUGGAUCUGAAAAGGUGAUUGUAGCUCAAGAGAGAAUGGCUAGUAACACAGUUUAUGUGUUCAAGAAGGCACAGCCUGCGACCUAUACACACUAUGCAGAAAUACGUUCGGUCCCAGAAAAAAGCUCACGAAAUCCAAGCACUUUAUCUAUGAAGUUAUGCAGAUCUCCGGGAGUAAUAAGGGUUUCGUUGCCACUAGUUAAGCAGGAUAUUCCUCUUUUUGUUCUGUACCGGGCCUUGGGGUUUUUAUCUGACAAAGAGAUCAUCGAUCAUAUUCUAUAUGAAGAUGAUGAUGAGAUGUUUGAGCUCCUGAAGGAAAGUAUUGAAGAGGGUAUGGUUGUUCAGGACCAGAAUGUGGCCUUGGAUUACAUAGGAAAGAGGUCGGCCCCUGUUGGAACACCACAGGAAAAAAGAAUAAUUAUUGCAAAAGAUUUACUUGCAAAAGAAGUUCUUCCUCAUAUUGGAACACAGGAAUUUUGUGAGACAAAGAAAGCAUAUUUUAUUGGAUAUAUUGUUCAGAGACUCCUACUUGUAGCUCUUGGAAGGAAGAAUCCAGAUGACAGAGAUCACUAUGGAAAGAAAAGAAUGGAUCUUAGUGGGCCAUUGCUUGCAUCUCUAUUCAGGACUUUAUUUAAGAAGUUGUGUGCAGAUACAACAAGACACAUGCAGAAGUGUAUAGAAAACGGACGGGAGUUUAACAUAGCCCUUGGUCUGAAGGCAAGUAUAAUUACACAGGGUUUUCGGUAUGCAUUAGCUACAGGGAAUUGGGGGGAUCAAGCGAAAGCAAUGCAAACAAGGGCAGGCGUGGCUCAGGUUUUAAAUAGAUACAAUUUUGUUUCAACACUCAGUCAUUUAAGAAGGGUCAACACACCUAUUGAGAAGGAAGGAAAGCUGGCAGCGCCUCGACAGCUUCACAAUACCCAUUGGGGUAUGGUUUGCCCUGCAGAGACACCUGAAGGACAGGCAUGUGGGCUUGUAAAGAAUUUGUCUCUCAUGGCAUAUAUUUCUGUUGGUUCAUCUUCUGGGCCAUUAGUAGAGUUUUUAGAAGAAUGUGGAGUCGAAUCACUGGAGGAGAUAUCCACUCCGCAACUCAAUGCAGCCACUAAGAUUUUUGUUAAUGGAAUCUGGGUUGGAAUUCAUUCGGAUCCUGUGUAUCUCAUAAAGUCGCUUAAGUUACUGAGGCGGAGCUUGGAGAUGGACAAGGAGGUUAGUAUUGUCCGAGAUAUUAGGGAAAAGGAGAUUAGAAUACAAUCGGAUGCAGGAAGACCUUGCCGUCCCCUGUUGGUAGUCAAAAAUAAUGAGCUUGUAAUUACUCCAGAAGACAUCAAAAGGCUGAAAAGAGGGGAAAUUAAAUGGGAUAAUCUGAUUAGCGAAGGGUUUAUUGAGUUUCUGGAUGUUGAGGAGGAAGAGAUGUCCAUGAUAGCAAUGAACACAAAAGCUCUUGAAGAGUCUAAAAAGGCUUCUGAUGUAAAGAUAUCCUACACGCACUGUGAGAUUCAUCCGGCAUUGAUAUUAGGGAUCUGUGCAUCCACAAUUCCCUUUCCUGAUCAUAAUCAGAGUCCUCGUAACACCUAUCAAAGUGCUAUGGGCAAGCAGGCCAUGGGGAUCUAUGCAACAAACUUCCUGUUGAGGAUGGAUACCUUGAGUAAUAUUCUAUUCUAUCCACAAAAGCCUCUUGUAACAACGAAGAGCAUGGAAUAUCUUAGGUUCAAAGAGCUACCGUCUGGCCAAAAUGCUUUGGUUGCGAUUGCAUGCUAUUCCGGAUAUAAUCAGGAAGACAGUAUUAUUAUGAAUCAAAGUGCCAUUGACAGGGGCCUGUUUAGGAGUUUUUUCUACAGGACAUAUACAGACCAGGAAUCUAUGUCAAGACCAGGUGUUAAUGAAGAGUUUUGCAAGCCCAGCCGAGGAACGGUCUUAAGGAUGAAAAAUCUAAACUACAAUAAACUGGACGAGGAUGGGCUUAUAAGUCCUGGAACAAGGGUUACGGGAGACGACGUCCUUAUCGGAAAGAUAACACCUAUACUUGAUCCUGAAAGAAGCACUAAGGAGGCACCGGUUUAUGUCUAUAAGGAUAGUAGUACUGCAAUGCGGAGAACCGAAACAGGUAUUGUGGAUACGGUUAUUGUUACAAACAAAGAUGGCUAUAAGUUUUCCAAGAUUAAGGUAAGGUCGGGAAGAAUUCCUCAGAUGGGAGACAAAUUUGCAUCGAGACAUGCUCAGAAAGGAACUAUAGGAAUUACCUUAAGACAAGAGGAUAUGCCAUUUACAUCUGAUGGAAUAGUCCCGGAUAUAAUUAUAAAUCCUCAUGCCAUUCCAAGUCGUAUGACCAUUGGGCAUUUGAUCGAAUGUCUUCUUGGGAAAGUUAGUGCAAUGAGCGGAGAAGAAGGAGAUGCAACACCCUUUAGCGAUAUGACUGUUAAUGAGAUCUCGGCCAAAUUGAAGUCCUAUGGCUUCCAGCAAAGAGGACUGGAAGUUAUGUACAAUGGAAUGACGGGAAGGAAGCUCCGGGCCCAGGUGUUCUUUGGGCCAACAUACUAUCAAAGGCUUAAGCAUAUGGUUGAUGACAAGAUACAUGCUAGGGCCCGAGGUCCUCUUCAGAUUCUUACAAGGCAACCUGUUGAAGGAAGAUCUAGAGAUGGAGGGCUCCGAUUUGGAGAAAUGGAAAGGGAUUGUAUAAUUUCACACGGAGCGUCUGCCUUUCUAAAGGAGAGACUGAUGGACGUGAGCGAUGCAUACUCUUGCUUUGUCUGCAACUUUUGUGGGCUCCUUGCAAUGGGGGGAAGCAAAGUAAAUGAAUGCAAGGGAUGCAACAAUACCACCAACGUUAGUAUGAUUGAAAUCCCCUAUGCCUUUAAACUUCUUGUUCAGGAACUUAUGGGGAUGAAUAUUGCACCAAGAAUUCGCUUUGAAGAAUAA